AUGGUGCAGGAGAUUGGCAGGUGGCAUGGGUUGGCAUUUCGUGGUCAUGAUGAAACUGAAGACUCAAAGAAUCAAGGUAACCUUUUCAGACUUCUUCAUUUUCUAGCUCAGCAUAAUGAACAUUUCAAGAGUGUUAUUUUGAAGAAUGCACCUGGGAAUCUUAAAUUGAUAGCACCAGUGAUUCAGAAAGAUAUUGUGAAUGCUGCGGCAAAUGAAACCACAAAAGCUAUCAUUAGUGAUCUUGGAGAUGACAUAUUUUCAGUUUUGAUUGAUGAGUCUCAUGGUGUGUCAAUUAAAGAACAAAUGGCUAUUGCCAUACGUUAUGUAGAUAAAAAGGGUUAUGUACUUGAGCUAUUUCUUGUCAUUGUACAUGUUAGUGACACAACUGUAGUAUCACUUAAGAUGGCUCUUGAGUUAUUAUUUUGUAAGCAUGGAUUGAGUUUGUCAAGAUUACGUAGACAAGGUUAUGAUGGGGCAAGUAAUAUGCACGGAGAAUUUAGUGGUUUGAAAAGUUUGAUUUUGAGGGAGAAUGAAUAUGCUUAUUAUGUUCAUUGUUUUGCUCACCAACUUCAAUUGACACUAGUAGCCGUUGCAAAAAAUCACAUUUCUGUUGCUUCAUUUUUUAGCUUGGUUACUAAUUUGAUAAAUGUUGUUGGAGGUUCAUGCAAGCGUCGAGACAUGCUUCGAAAGAGCCAAGUUAAUAAACUUGUUGAAGCACUAGAAAUUGGUGAAGUUAGUAAGGGACGAGGUUUGAAUCAAGAGACAAGUCUAAAACGAGAUGGUGACACACGUUGGGGCUCGUAUUAUUAUACAUUGAUCAACUUAAUCCUUUUGUUAUCCUCUGUGGGCGAUGUGCUUAAGGUUAUUGAAGAAGAUGGUUUAAAUCCUGAAUAA